GCCGCUCCCCGGCAGCACCCCCGGGAUAGCGGCGCCCCGUCGGCCCCGCAGCAGCACCCGGGCCUCCCUCCCUGCCGCCUGGCCCGGGCUCCCCCAUUGCUGCCCCGCUGCCGAGGACACUUCAUGGGAAAUAAAUAAAGUAAUUACCCCACUCACCCGCGCGGCAGGGAGAGGAGCCGGCGGCGGCCGCGGGAUUAGACCCAGCCCGAGCUAGAGACCAGCCUAGUUGGAGAAGAGGAACAGACCAAAAAUGCCACCAGCAAUAGGAGCACCACAGUACCCACCUCCAGAUGGAGGUUGGGGAUGGGUUGUGGUCUUUGGGGCUUUUAUCUCCAUUGGAUUUUCCUAUGCAUUCCCCAAAGCCAUCACAGUAUUCUUCAAAGAAAUCCAAGAAAUCUUCCACACAUCAUAUAGUGAGAUAGCUUGGAUAUCAUCAAUAAUGUUGGCUGUCAUGUAUGCAGGAGGUCCCAUAAGCAGCAUUUUGGUGAACAAGUAUGGUAGCCGGCCUGUCAUGAUAGCAGGAGGUAUCCUGUGUUCAUUUGGAAUGAUUGCCUCCUCAUUCUGCAAUAGCGUCUUGGAACUUUAUCUCUGUAUAGGUGUUGUUGGAGGUCUGGGUUUAGCAUUCAACUUACAGCCUGCCUUGACCAUGAUUGGAAAGUAUUUCUAUAAGAAGCGUCCCAUUGCUAAUGGACUGGCCAUGGCUGGAAGUCCAGUGUUUCUGAGCACAUUGGCACCUCUCAAUCAAUUCCUCUUUAAUGCCUUUGGCUGGAAAGGAAGCUUUCUCAUUCUAGGAGGACUUCUCUUGAACUGCUGCGUGGCUGGGUCACUUAUGAGGCCCAUUGGACCAAAAACAGUUGCUCCUGUGAAAAAAGAUGUUGAAAAAGGCACCGGAGAUUCUACCUUGCACAAAAACAACAAGAAGUCUUUUUGGCAAACUAUAAAUAAAUAUCUAGAUCUAUCCCUCUUCAAACACAGAGGGUUUCUGAUCUAUUUGUCUGGAAAUGUCAUUAUGUUUGUUGGUUUCUUUGCCCCAAUAGUAUUCUUGGCUCCUUAUGCUAAGCACAAGGGAAUUGAUGAAUAUUCAGCCGCUUUUUUACUGUCCAUCUUAGCCUUCGUAGACAUGUUUGCUAGGCCUUCAAUGGGACUUGUAGCAAACUCCAAGUUUAUCCGGCCAAAGAUUCAGUAUUUUUUUAGUUUUGCUGUCUUGUACAAUGGCAUCUGUCAUAUCUUGUGCCCUCUGGCAUCAAAUUACACUGGCUUGGUCAUAUAUGCUGUAUUUUUUGGAUUUGCUUUUGGAAUGGUUAGCAGUGUUCUUUUUGAGACAUUGAUGGACCUCGUUGGGGCUGCCAGAUUUUCCAGUGCGGUUGGACUUGUCACCAUUGUGGAAUGUUGCCCUGUGCUCAUAGGCCCUCCUCUAGGAGGUUGGUUAGUGGAUGUUACUGGUGAAUAUCAGUACAUGUAUUUUGUCUGCGGAGUGAUUGUGAUUGUCGCCAGUAUCUGGUUGUUCAUUGGCAAUGCCAUUAACUACAGGCUUUUGGCAAAAGAAAAGAAGUUAGAAGAUGAGAAGCAGAAUGCCCAGAAGAAUGCUGACUCAAAGGAAGCAGAACCAUUAACAAACAAUGAAAAUGAGGAUGCUGCCUACAGAGCUGAUAAAGCUCUUGAAGAUCCUUCAGAAAGAGAAACUAAUAUUUAAUCUACAAUAUAGCUCAGAAGGCAAAAUGUAUGACUUCCACAAGAAAUAUGUCUUCAAGGCACAAGCCAGGUUUUGUGGUAAUAAUGAUCAGUCACAAAAUGGGAUGGGAACAGAUAUUUACCCCGUGGCAAGACUCUAAAUUAAAUUACUAUCCACGGUUUAUUUAUUUCAGUGAUGCAAAAUUGAGAUUACAGAGGUAGUGACUCCAUACAAAUGAGUGCAUCAGACUAUGACUCUGAACAACCAAGAAUCAGGUAAAACAGACUGUAAAGCCUUCCAAUGAGUUUUGUUUCAAAACUACAUCUAAUGCAAAGUUAUCUUCUACUCCUGCUUAGGAAGAUACUUUGUGUUCGUCUUUAGAAUAUUGUUCUGUUGAAAUAAUCUGCCCAAACUGUACUUACAACUAAUAUUAACAAGAAUAUAAGCUCAAAGAUUUGUUUCUAAAGAGACAGAGCACCUGAAUGAAGCACGCUGAAACUUCUUUCUCUUUUGUAUGCCCACUAGGUAAAAAAGAUACAUUAUGUCUAUAUAAAUAAAUAUAAUUUGGAUGUAAAAGUUAAGACUAGAAGACAAACAAUUGGUGGGCACCAUUUCCAAAAUAUAAUAAUCAGCAAAAUUGCAAUAUAUUCCAGAAGUGGUAUCCUCCUGUGAUAGCUGACUACAUUGUACUUCGACGUGUACAUUUGAACACAAAUUAUAUUCAGACCUCACUAAUUCAAACUAAGCUAAAAUUUGCCUGUAUAUAAAAAUAUUUGAAACCAAGAUUCAUGUUGCUAAUGAAAGCGGCAAUUUGUUUGUUUGAUUAUGUAUUCCUGUAUGGCUGAAGGUUCUGAUUUGACUGUGAAGUCUUCUUCCUAAAGGGAAUAGAUUCAGAACCUGCUGAUGUUAAAAAGAUACUAACCUUUGGCUUUUGUAGCCUGAAUCAGUUUCAUGGCAAUGACUUCAAAGUAGAUGCUUGGUUUUAUUAGAAAGGCGUUAGUUGCUUGAUGUUUACCUGAGAGGAGAUUUAAGGUUUAACUUCCAAUCUUUGCAGACAAGAAACUUCAUAGUAGUUCUCACAUCUCUUUUCCAUGUAUUUGGUGAAAAGUUACUUCUUUUUUUGUAAUGCCUGUUCAAACAAAAAAUGCUGCAAGGAACACUGACAGUGCCAGUCUGGAAGCUUUGUAUUGACAUGUCAUUUUUGUGCAGAAUAUUUGGUUUUGUGUCUGCAGUUUCACACAGGCACUCAUGGCAAUGAAAAUGUACACAAUUGUUCCUCUUCCUUUAGGCAAAAGAAAACGUAAGUCUACAAUUUUGCUUUGCAGAAAUCAUUUAGCACUGCACUUGAAAGCUAAAAGUGCAAAGCUUCUGAAGGUAUUAAGUGAAAACAUUCUGUUCUAUUUGUAGGUGAGGAAAGGUGCUAUUCAUUCUGGAGAGAUGCAUAUAAAUGCCUGAGAAAUUGUGAAAAUGAAGGGUCUGAUUCAUUAAACAUUUAUGUGCUGUUUAUGGCAGGAUAUACACAUGCACUCUAUUCCAGGAAAAGAAUGUAAUUUUCACCCUCUUUUAGCCCUCUUUUAGCUCUCAAAAUAUUGAAAAUAUAUUGGACAGACAGCAAGCUGUGUUAAACAGACUGUGAAGCACCAAUAACGAAAGGAUGAAAAAAAGCAAACAAAACGAGUAAAUGUUUCCUAUCUAACAAAUAGGGGAGCACUUUUAAGAAAGCCAUUUCUUCAUAUGUAUUCAGUAUUACUAUUUCCAUUCUACUUCUAAAAUUUUUGGUAGUGCUGGCUUCUGUUUUGCUGGGUUAUCAUCUUAUAUACUGUGAAGUUCCACAGUAAUGCAUGUAAUGAAUCUAGUUGCAGUGUGGUACAGAAAUUAAUACCGACUUUUUACAUUAUUACAUUCAGGAAAACCAAACAUCUUUUACAAGCCCUACAAUUUGAUAGGCACAUCACCAACAAAAUAUGUGCAUUUCAGAGUUUUGGGAGAAAAUGCUAGACUAGAAAAGUGAACUGUGUAAAGGAGAAUGAGUUAGUUUUAAUAAAUUUACAGUUCCUCUCCCAGCCUCCAGCUUCAGAGAAUGAAUAAAUACAUUGCACCUCCUUUCAAACCCUAGCCCUGCCAGCACCCCAUGAGAUAAAUGCAUUGCUCUCAUUUUGGCUUUACAAACACACAGAUUCCAGAAUCUGUGAAGGCUCUACAUGCCUGAAGCCAAGAAGUGAUGAAGAUUGUCAUAGACACUAAGCUUUCAUACAGUGAGGAAUAUCAGUUGUAAAUACUAGAUUGUGAAAGAUGAAAUGAAAUUUUAGCUAAAGAGUAGUCAUCAGGAACAUCACUCUGCACUUGACAGCGAGUGAUGGAAAGGUGAUGAAAAAUGAUGAAUGCAGAGGCUGAGCCAAAAUGAAUGAGGCAAAAUUCUAUGUGCGUUAUUACCUCUUUGCUAAAACCAACAUGAAGAACAUGAGGUUGAAGACAACAAGAGUCAGCUUUUGACUUAAGUUUGUUAAAAGCUCCUGCUGAGUAAAUAAAGGACUCAGGAAAAAAAAAAUUAAAAAAGGCUCUCAGGAAACAUGAAGGCAACCUACCUAUUCUAUGCAGGAUCUCAUAACGUGAUGCAACAUGGCAUAGGAAAUAAGGGAAGAACAAGGUUCCUCAAUGCACAGACACAUCUGACUAUCAGUAACAAAAAUUAUGUUACUAUAGCAGGAAAAGUAAAAAAUUUAUAAAACCAUCACCCUUGGCAGAGUUAGUGAUCUUUCCUCUCUGGUCAAUCAUGUUAGAAAAUAAUAGGAAUAAAAGAGCUGCUUUACCAACACUCACUAAUGUGCAACUUUUUAUCCCAUAAAGUAAAUUGAUGUAGCAGACAACUGGAGCAAUAUGUAGAACUAAUUCAACUGAAACAUUUCCUUGUACAUCUUUCAUUACUUUUCCUCUUAAUACCAGCAACAGAAUAAAACCCAUCAGAAUACUCUUGAUAUUAUUAAAUAUUAAAGAUGUUAAAAUCCAGAGAUGAAUGAAGAAAAUUGGAACCCAUAUCUAUGCAAAAACUACCUGGAAUUAAAAAACUGUGUCUUCCAAAUAACAGAUCCUAAAGGGAUAAUUACCUUCUAUAGGUAGCUUUUAUUUCUAAAAGUAAUAAUAAUAAUACAUUGCCUUGAAUCAACUCUGUACUGAGCAGCAAAGUAGCAAAAUGAGUAUAACUUGCCUUCAAACCCCUGAAUAUCACAUUUACUUACUCUGAGCUGUAAUUUGUACUGCAAAUCAUUUCAUCGUUACAUUUCUGCUUUCAGGGUGAGACUUAGGUAUUUACCAUCUUUCUAAAUUCUGCUGGUUUAACUACCUUGCCCCCAAUCUGGGCUGCUGCAGGGUGAAGACUAAAAGAUGCCUCUCCCCUGCAAUGAAGAAAGGUACUCUCAAAUUUCAAGACAUACCAUGCAUCUGUUAUGCACUGUGGAGUCUGUAGUGUCUGUCAGUGCAAGCAAAUCCUUGACUGAUCUUAAUCUCAUUUAUACUUACGUAUACUUCAUGCUUUUCAUUUCUCUGCCAUAAUAUCGCUAUGCCUAAUUAUUAUCUUGCUCUUAAUUGAUCAAUCAAGAAAAAUAAUGCUAAAAUUUUUAAGUCAGUAGGAAAGGGGAUAAGAUAAAUAAUAUUUUUCUGAUUUAACAUCAAGUAUAAUUUCAAAUAGUUUCAAUGCACGCAUCCACAUACUUCUAUCUCUUUAGGGUUUUUUUGACAUCAUACUCCCUAGUAGCUGGAGGAUUUUUCUGUAUUGCCCUUUCCAAUUCAAGAGAAAGACUUCUCACCAAUAAUUCCCAGUAGCUUUUCAAGAAUAUAUCAAGUGUUCAUCCCUCCCACCUCUCCCCAUUGAACUGUGAUUGUUACCAGUUCUGUAUUUCUAUUAAGUUCACAGAAGCAUCUUUUUAUGUGAAAUCCUGUAGUGUAAGUAGUAAGUCGACAAUGCUUUUAUUUCAAGAAUAUGAUUUGUGAAUAGUUUUGACAGAGUUAGGGAAAGUCUUAUCUUCAAAUUAUUAUUUUUUAAAACAUAUGUUCUCCUUAUAAAAUGAAGUUCAGCUUUACUUACUACUGAAGUGAAUAGCAGCUAUUUCAACAACAUCAUGAUUCAAAAUUCACUUGAAUUUUAAUGGUCUUUUUGCAUAGCAGUAUCCAGUGUGCUUAAAAAAACCCCCCACAUUUGGCAGUGUGUACAUAAUUGUUUCUCCCAGAGAACUCUCAUUUCUCUUGAAAGUUCCCCAACCCACCCCCCACCACAUUCCUCAUUUUGAUGUAACAUGAAGAAUUUGGACCUGGAAUGUAAUGACUUUUGCUAAAUGCUUUCUUGUUAUUUGCUGUCUUCAAAUGCCUAAGCAACAUUUUUGACUUGGUACUUUAAGGUCUGUAUGGUUGCAAGUAUUAGUGGGGAGGUAUUAUUCAGAUACAUAAUAAGCUACAGAUGGAGCAGCCAUCAGGAUUUCACUAAACAAAGCCCAUGACUAUUUUUAUAGAUGGGCAUGCUAUAACUGAUACUGACAAUUUUGUCUGUAACACAGUCAAAUCUAGGCAACUUUUGUUAGUUUCUCUAUAGAUGGCUAUUUUUGUACUCACAGAGAGAAAUAUAAUUUUAAAAUAAUUAUUUUCAGAGAUGAUUAUGAAUUUUAACAAGGCUGUCUGGAUUUUUUUGGG